UCUUUGCGCAUGUGUUCCAAGUGACUGCCAGGCAAGGGUAGACGACAACAGACAACAAGAUUCUUAACGUUUUCUUGACUUUACUCGACUUUUCUAGAUCACGUAAAAUGUUAUCCGGGAACUUUCUGAAGUAAUAUUAGGCUACACGAGACGUUUAUUUGUUUGAACUUAAUUCUGUUUUUGAUAUUUAAAUAGAUGUUUGAUUGCUCUGUUCUAGGGACGCAUCAUUUGCAGCCUUGCGAAUCGAAUUUUCUCUCCGCAAAUCCCUAGUCAUUAUCUCUACACUACAACAAAGUAGUCAAACUGUACUGUAGCCUACAACAUUUCAUGUCAUACAAAGAAACAAUAGCUUCCACAAUGGAUCGGGACAAAUCUAGCCCGUUCCCCUCCACCCUCCAGGAGUCAUCAGGUCAAUCGCCUCCCUGUACUUUACUGCUGGGUCUGGUCAUCUGCAGGAAAACACCGGGGCAGAGUGGAACUGAGAGACGAGAAGGAGAAGAGGAACAUGGAGAUUUGAUUUCAUUAAGUAAGAACCAUGGGGACAUCCCUAAUCGUUGUUCUCUUAGUGGGAGGGGCUUAUCAUCUGGGGAGCCUCAACAACAUCAUGAUGCUGACAUGAAAGAGAUGAGUCUCUCCAGGUCAGAACACCUCAAGAAACACCAGCAGAGACGUAUAGGGAAGAAAUCUCACCACUGCUGUUCUGGCUGUGGGAUGAGUUUUGCUAAACAGAUGGAAUUGAUGAAUCAUGAGACGAUUCACAAUAGAGAGAAACCGUACCACUGCUCUCAGUGUGGGAAGAGUUUAGCUGCAUCUAAAAUCUUAAAAUCUCAUCAGAGAAUUCAUACAGGGGAGAGGAUUUACACCUGCUUUGAUUGUGGGAAAUACUUCAGUCGUUCAGGAGACCUGACAGCACACCAACGCAUACACACAGGAGAGAAGCCUUAUAGCUGUGAUCAGUGUGGGAAGAGCUUCAAUCAUUCAGGAUCCCUGACUAAACACCAACGCAUACACACAGGAGAGAAACCUUAUAGCUGUGAUCAGUGUGGUAAGAGCUUCAAUCAAUCAGGAUCCCUGACUACACACCAAUGCAUACACACAGGAGAGAGACCUUAUAGCUGUGAUCAGUGUGGGAAGAGCUUCCGUCAUUCAGGAUCCCUGACUACACACCAACGCAUACACACAGGAGAGAAGCCUUAUAGUUGUGAUCAGUGUGGGAAGAGCUUCACUCAUUCAGGAUCCCUGACUAAACACCAACGCAUACACACAGGAGAGAAGCCUUAUAGCUGUGAUCAGUGUAGGAAGAGCUUCAAUCAUUCAGGAUCCCUGACUACACACCAAUGCAUACACACAGGAGAGAAACCUUAUAGCUGUGAUCAGUGUGGGAAGAGCUUCCGUCAUUCAGGAUCCCUGACUACACACCAACGCAUGCACACAGGAGAGAAGCCUUAUGGCUGUGAUCAGUGUGGGAAGAGCUUCAAUCGAUCAGGAGACCUGACUGCACACCAACGCAUACACACAGGAGAGAGGCCUUAUAGCUGUGAUCAGUGUGGGAAGAGCUUCAAUCGAUCAGGAGCCCUGACUACACACCUACGCAUACACACAGGAGAGAAGCCUUAUAGCUGUGAUCAGUGUGGGAAGAGCUUCAAUCAAUCAGGAGACCUGACUACACACCAACGCAUACACACAGGAGAGAGGCCUUAUAGCUGUGAUCAGUGUGGGAAGAGUUUCAAUCAUUCAGGAUCCCUGACUAAACACCAGCGCAUACACACAGGAGAGAGACCUUAUAGCUGUGAUCAGUGUGGGAAGAGUUUCAAUCAUUCAGGAUCCCUGACUAAACACCAGCGCAUACACACAGGAGAGAAGCCUUAUCGAUGUGAUCAGUGUGGGACUAGUUUUGCUCUAUCCGGUAACCUGACUACACACCAACGCAUACACACAGGAGAGAAGCCAUAUAGUUGUGAUCAGUGUGGGAAGAGUUUCAGGAAGAUAGAAUACUUGACUAUACACCAGCGCAUACACACAGGAGAGAAACCUUAUAGCUGUGAUCAGUGUGGGAAGAGUUUUUCUCAAAAUUCCACCCUGACUACACACCAGCUCACACACACUGGAGAGAAACCUUACUCCUGUCUAUGUGGAAAGAGAUUUGCUCAUUCAGGGUCACUGAAACAACACCAGAAAACACAAACAUGUCAUCUUUCAUCUCCGGCACCGGUUCCAGAUCCCUAAAUAAAGUUUCAAUAGAAAACA